AUGUCGUGGCAAGCAUACAUCGAUUCAAGCCUCGUCGGCAGCGGUCACAUCGACAAGGGUGCCAUUAUCAGCGUUGCUGGCGACAGCGCCUGGGCUGCUUCUCCCGAUCUCCAGCUCAAGCCCGAGGAGAUGAAGGCCAUCUCCGAUAUCGUUAGCGGUAACUCGGCCGCCAAGGACAAGGCUUUCGCUGAAGGUCUCUACAUUGCUGGUGAACGAUAUGUUAUGGCCCGAGCUGAGGACCGAAGCAUCUACGCCCGAUCCGGCCGUCUCGGUGUCGCUAUCGCAAAGACCACCCAGGCCAUCGUCGUCGGCCACCACGGCGAGGCCCAGGUCGCUGGUAACGCCUCCUCCACCGUCGAGGGUCUUGCCGACUACCUCAUCAAGUCCGGUUACUAG